AUGGAAGCUCCACUCUCAUCACCAUCACCUACCCGGCGCCGCAUCACAUUCACCCCUCAACAAGUCAUAUCCUUACCACGUGCCUGGGAACGACGACCUGCUACGCCCUACUUUAAGAGAAAUGAGGCGCAGAAGAUCUGGAAGCGUGUUCCGCUCGGCGUGAUUGAACUGGGAGUAGGAGACGGCGGACAUACUUGGAGAAAAGAGAGUGAGGUCGUGGUACAGAGAUCGGUCAAGAGACUUCGAGUCAGUAGCGCCAAUGGGGCCGACCAUGAAGAGGACAAGGAGAAUAUGAACGUCAACUUUGUGCCGUCUAAGUGGGAUGAGGAUGGCAAAGUACCGCAGAGUCCUAAGCGAAAGGUCCUCAGCUUUGAUGGCGCAGCGGACGAACCCGACGAAGUACCCGACGAACCCUCCUCCAAGAUCGGCGCACUCUGCGAUGACCACCUGGAUAAUGAGGAUGCCACUGGCGACAAAGAACAUCUCCAAGAGGAGCGUCGUGAAUCUGCACCUGAGGAUCCCCUUGUCGAUCUGGCAGUGGGUGAAUGUGAGGAUGUGACUGUCUUGGACAAUGAAGAUCAAUCUUUGCUCGAAGGGAAUGCUGCUCUGCCAAUUUCGCUGUCAAAAGAGACUCCGGAGGCAGCUUCUCUUGACAAUGCCUCUCAACCAGCGGCUGCGUCGUCUGAACAAGCAGCGUUGGUGCCUCUGCCGAAAUCUGACAGUCCGCAACAACCAGAAGUUGAAGGUGAAGCACAAUCACUUUCGAAUGUGCCUGGCCAUGCAUAUCUUUCUGGUAGAGCUCCAGUCUUUGCCGUGGAUGAUGGUGACUUUCCCCUCCUGCAAAGCUUCCUUCAGAACUACUUAAUUCGAAGUCAGCUUGUGAAGGCGAUCAAGGAGAAGUCCACUCGCGAUGCGCAAGCACUCACUGAUCAGCCGGAGAUGGGCGAGCAGCUUCCGGCAGAACCAUCUCAUGUCGGUAUGGAGACUUUGGAUGGUACCACAGAUACAGUCGCAACUGAAAACACUUCACCUGCUGCAGAGGAUAAGGGGAUCUCCACCACAGACACCACAGACACUCCGAACGAAAAGGCAACCAUACUAGUAGAGGCGGAUCAGGAUGUGGAUGCCAAUGUUCCGUCACCCUAUCGACGGAGCUCCCGCCUCAACACCAAACUUGCACCUCUUAAGAAGCCAGUGCCAACACUACCCAGCAACAUACCUUUGAAACGUCUUAACGGGACCGAAUUCGUUGCCUUUAACAACGGCUCGAUAGCCGCCGCCACUCGAGCAAAUACGAAACGCAAUAGGGGCGGUGCGAUAUCGGUCAAAGCGAGACUAGUCCAAUUGCAUGCAGAAGACAAAGUCCGAUACAUGAAUGAGCCAACUUGGUCGGAAGAAGUGAGCAACAGCAAGAAGACGAGGAAGGCCAAAAAGGAACCGAAAGAGGUCAAGUGGCAUGGUACGCUCGCUCGAUUCGAGGAUGGUACUGAAGUGCCAGACACCCCAGAGGAGGAGGAGCCACCAGCCCACGUCGAGGUGGUGGAGAGCAAAGCUGCCGUCGACGAAAUGAAGGAACAAGCCCAUCAUGUCGAGGAGCCCCCAAAGUCCGAAGAGCCGGCGAAGAAAGUCCGCAAGCUUAGGAAGUUGAGCGCAGGGACGGUCAACGGAACACCAGCACCUAAGAGGACCACGAGUAUACCAGUGCCUAUUGCAGGAGGCCCGUUUUCAGAGAAGCUCGGUGACGUCGUCGCCAAAGUGAAUGGGAAUGGAGGCCAAGGAACUGAAGCCAAGAGUGCUGCGGCUGCGACAGGCGACAAGGAGAAGAGUACUCUGGCAAGACCUAAGAGAAGGUCGAGUACUGUUUUGCGCGGCUGA